AUGAUUCCAUUCUUUGAAGACGAAAUGAGACUUCCGAUUGAUAUUUGGUUACCAUGCAAUCUUAAGUCGAAUCCAAGAAUAUUUCGACUAGUGUUUGUUGUUUUAGUUUUUGGUGUUGGUAAUUGUGCCCAUGUGAAUGCUAUAGUUGAUACUCUGCUUUCUGGACUGCUCUGUCAUGCUAUACAUCAAAUCAGAAUAUUGAAAGACAAUCUACAAUUUCUUGAAGAAAGUGCCUUGAAAGAAGAACAAUUUAAAAACGAAUUUAUUUAUCGUAAAAUUUCGAAAUGCGUUGGUCAUCAUGAAGCCAUAUUACAAUUUGUAGCAAACUUUGAGGAUCUUUACUCGUCGGCUAUAUUUAGCCAAUUUCUGGCCAGCAUUGUCGUUAUAUGUAUUACUUGCUUGCAAAUGACCAUGUUAGAACCACUGACAUUUCCGUUUUUUUCUAUGGUCAUGUUUCUAAUGACAAUGUUCACAGAAAUUUAUUUUUAUUGCUACUAUGGUACAGCUCUCUACGAAGAGAGUAAUACUCUGACCAAUGCUAUCUACACAGCAAAAUGGUACGAUUAUGACCCAAGAUCUAAGAAAGCCUUAAUUAUUUUGAUGGAGCGUUCAAAAAAACCAAUAGUUGUUACAGCUGGAAGAAUUUUAGAUUUGUCUUUAGACACUUUUAUUAAGAUUCUCAGACGGGCGUAUUCUUUAUUGGCGGUUUUCCAAAAUCAGUGAAAGCUUCAGAUUUUCGUAAUCCGUCCUAUGAGUUAC